AUGUCAGCAGAAACCCGCCCAAUUCCCGCCUCCCAAUUCGCUCUCGCCAUCCGCGACCUGCCUCUCGAAACCAUCUACACCAAAGCGCACGAAAUUCAGAACUCGAUUAGUCAUCUACAGCGCUCCAAUGCACAACUCAAGGAGUAUAGCGACAGUAUUAGGAACGAUGGGACAUUGAGUGGCGAGGUGAGGGAGCAAGUAGGCGACAGGGAGUGUCUGGAGGCGAUCGAGGAGAAUGAGCGGGUGAUUGCGCGGCAGAGAGAGCGGGUAGGUUUGUUGAGGGCGGAGGUUGAACGGAGGGGGAGGGUCUGGCAUGAGGGCGAUGAUGAGGAUGACGAGGAGAAAAGCAAUGGUGAUGCUACUGGGCAGAGCAAUGGUGUGAACGGUUCGGGUGGGAAGCUAUCAGAUGAGGAGCUGAGGCGGCAGAUGAUGGACAGGAUCGGCGACGAGGAUGACGAUGAUGAUGGUGGGGAGGGCGGGCUGCAUCUGUGA